GUAAUGUGGAUCAAUACAUAAGUAAAACCAUGAAGACCAGCUGGUAUUUAAUUUGGAUAUUCAUUCUCACACUGAUGAUCAGCACUGCCCGUCAGGAGGUGAUGUACAUAAAGGGGUCAGAGGGGCAGUCAGUGGAUCUCUCCUGUACACCUGAGCAGACAGGUGGAGCCCCUGUCAGUCUCUACCUGACCCACAGGUGUGUCCGGCCUGAGAGGGAGGUGCUGUUCAUGGCCAAGGACCGGAGUCCCGGGACGGUGAGGGUUAACCGGAAGUACAAAGAUCGUCUGAAGGUCACAGGCGGAUUGAACUCUGACCUGCUCAACGUGACCAUAGCCCGUCUACAGCGCACAGACACAGGCCUGUACAUCUGUGAGUUUGUCUACACAGCGUACCCCUCUGGCCGAACAGUCUCUGGCAGUCUGGAAUUCUUCCUGUUUGUUGAAGGGACAGAGAGCGUGUGUCAGUGCUCCAGCUACCCCCCACUGAUCUACGCCAUCUCUGCAGCAGCUGGCCUGCUUCUCCUCGUCCUCAUCUGGCUGUGUGCAGCAGAGUGUGCUAAGCUGAGAAAACGUCAUAAAACACAAGCCCCCAUCCCCAUCUAUGAGGAAAUGAACAGUGGGUGUCGAGGAGCUGGAAGUGCCCAAAAUAACCAUCCUGUGCCUACACACCUGGAGGAAACAGAGUCCCCGGUGUACGCCAACCCCCAGGCCAGACAAGCACAGGAGAACCACUACGCCAGCCCCCGAAAGAUCACUCUGAAGCCCUGA